UAAUAAAAAAAAUAAAUUUCUAGACGAAAACUUAAAUUUACGCAGUUAAAUAACAAUAUACUUAACUUAAGCAACUUUAUCAGGCACAAUUGAUUAUUAAAAAUGAAAUGUUCUGCUUGCGAGAAAAAUGAAUGUGAAUGCAAAUAUGAAAACUGUGAUAAAUGUGUAGGAGAACAAGAAGGCAUCAAGUGCACAUGCAUUUGUAGGAUAACUCGUAAUGAGGCUGUAUUAUCUUCUGCAUUAUCUAUUGGAACUGGCGUAGCUGUAGCUGCAGCUGGAAUCGGCCUUACAGUUGUUACCGGAGGCAUGGCUGCUUUAAUAGCUGGUGCGGCUAUAGCUGGAAGUGGAACUUCACUUGUUUUUUCACCGAUUCAAAAAUACAUGUCAAAAGAAUGCGUUACACUUAAAGAAUCAGCAAAAGAAGUUGCAAUUGGUGCAACAAUAGGAGCAAUUACGGGACCAAUCGGUGCUAUAGGAUCAAUAGUUUCAAAAGGAGCAUCAACUGUUGUACAAAUUGGUGUUAGAAUUGUAGCUGGAUCAAGUGUUGGUGCUGUCACAGGUGUUUUAUCUGAAGGAGCUAAAGCCAUGCAAGGCGAGGAAGUCACAUUCAAAUCUGUUACACAUUCAGCAAUGGUUGGUGCGGCUGUAGGAACUAUUGGUGGUGCAUCUUCACAAAUUGCUAAUGGAGUGACAAAACCUAUCACAAAUGAAAUAGGAAAAGCGGCAACGAGAAUUGCUGUUCAAGGAAGUUCAGCUGCUGUGACUGAUGUUGGUGUUCAACUUGUACAAAAUGGAACAGUCAAUCCACAAAAGCUAAUACUUAAUACAGCUGGAAAAAUGGCAUUAUCCACAACAGCAGAAGUAAGUACAUCCGUUACUAGACAGAUAGAAGUUAAAAUUGCUGAUUCUCAUAACAAGAAACCUAACUUAAUGAAAAGUGGUUCUAAGGACACAAAACUCAAGGAAGAUCAAGCAGUUAAACAACUAGAAAAGAAAUCAGGAAUGGAGAAAUCAAAUUCAGAUUUACAAGAAAAGAUCAAGCAACAAAAUACAAAGCAACAAAUAGAAGUUCAGUUAGAACAAAGCCAUAACAUUCAGUCACAAGUUUCAGAAACAUUCAAUCAAAAACUAAUGGGAGCUGUAAACUUAACUGGAUUAGCUUUUAAUGGAAUGCUGUCUAGUUUCAACACACAAUCAAGAAGCUCAUUUGAAAGUUUUGCUGGAACUAAAAGGGAUUCAAAAGACGGAGAACUGGACGAAGAAGAUUUUCAAAUGAAGGACUUUUUACCUAAUGAAUCACUUGGUGAUACAAAAGAAGACAUAAGCAUUGCCAAUGGAUUAAUAGAAUUGCAACAAACUGGUUCAAAAUUCCAAAAUGAUCAUUCAUGUCUUUCAAAUUCAACAGAAAACAUAGAAGUUGUAGGAUCUGAUGAAACAGUUCCUUUAUUGGUGAAGAUUGAUUAUGACUUAUUACUUGAUGCUCAAGAUUCUGUAAUUGAUACGGACCUUAAUCAAUUAGAUCUAUUGCAAUUUAACAAUUCCUCAAAUGCACUCCUAUCUAGCCUUAGUGAUGUAACUUUUGAAGCAUCAUUAAAACCAACCUUGAACUCUUUAACUACAAAAAAGAAUUCAACAAUAUCGCACGGUUCUUCCAGCAAUAUAAUGGAUCAGAGUCUUGAGCAGUUGAACACUUUGGUUUCGAAGGUAAUCGCCAGCAUGGAAGAUGAAGCUACUUCUGUAAAUGAAGAAUCACAAAACCAUAAUAAAUUCAAUGAUUCACAUACACGUGUUGAUAAUGAAUUGGUUGAUGUGUCAUCCAAUGUACUUGAAACUAGUUCCACUUAUGAAAAAUUUAACUUAAUCAGUCAUCAAACUUUAGUAAAUGACAAAGUCGAUGCCUUUAAUAAAGCUGAUGGACCAAUUAUCAAUGAGAUUGAAGAUGCAAAUAGAUCAUUCAAGGAACAACAGCUUAAGGAAGAUAAUGGAAUUAUUGAAACAGAUUUGAACCUUCAAGAAUUGACAAUAACGGAAGACUUUAAAACACAAAAGAUUCAGAAUUCGUUGAAGCAGCGAGCUGUAGCUGGUUCAACUAGAAUAACUGUUACUAAGUUUAGACCAGAAAUCCAAGAAAAUCUUACUUCUUUCCUAAAAUGUGGAGAGAGUUCUACUUUAAAUAAUAGAACUAAAUUACGAAGAAAGAAAACCAAAUUAGAACUUAAAGAAUCUUCAACAUUUGUCAUUGAUCUUCGUAUAAUUUUGACUGCCCUUGCUGCAAUAAUUAUUUUGAUUGCAAUUAUAUCGUUUGUCAACAGUAAAUCCAUAAAGAUGGACACGAAAGUGAAAAUAUUUCUUGUAUUUCUGAGCUUCUUUGCACUGGCUGAAGCUCAAUUUCCUAGCUGCAAUCCAGACACAAUUGAAUGGUUCGCACAUCCACAUGACUGUGAAUCUUACUUUAUUUGCUUUCAUGGGAUUCGAAAUACAUUCCCUUGUGCACCAGGAUUUCAUUUUAGUCCUACAGAAUUAAGAUGUAUGCCUCCUUCAGAUGCAAGGUGUCAUGUGAAUUAUUUGUGUCCACCAGUUGAUGAUAUUAAUAAUCCUGUGUUUUUGCCUGAUCCAUACGAUUGUGCAGUUUACUAUAUCUGCUCUCGUGGCACACCAAUUCGACGAGAAUGUGCACCUGGAUUAUGGUGGGAUGUUCGGAACGAUUGGUGUAUAUCCGGAAAUGAUGUCGUUUGUGAUAAUCGAACAGCUGUAAAUCCAGGAAAUCCUAGUGGAACAACAACAACACCAUCGCCUUUACCAAGUUGUUGGCGACAAGCUGAUUUAUUCAAUAAUGGAAACUAUUUAAAAUCUGUCUGCAUUAUUAAUGAGUCUGUCAAUUAUACCCAAGCAGAACAAAGAUGUAGAACCAAUAAUAUGCAACUAUUUAUAAUUGACGAACCAAAUACACAAUUUCAGUUCCAAACGACAGUAGGACAGAUGUUGAGUGAUCAUCCUCGUGGUUUUAUUUGGAUUAAUGGACGUGUUUAUGAUAAUUGUGAAAAUUGGUAUAGCUUCAAUCCACAACCUCAUUUACUGCCUAAUUUCAUUCAUUGGGUUCAACAACGAGAUUUUGAUUACAAGAUAAAGAUAAGAUUGCAGUAUCUUAUCCUGCUAAUCUCAAGGUCACAAGCUACGAUGCUUUCAACAAAUCAGUCAAUAAUAAAUAGUGAAGACAUGAACAACAGAAUGAAAUUAAUUCUUACAUUUUUAAGCUUCUUUACAAUCACAGAAGCUCAAUUUCCGGUGUGUGAUCCAGUCAAUGUUGAGUUCUUUCCACAUCCACACGAUUGUGAAUCUUUUAUUAUUUGUGCAUUGGGAGAACAACAUAUUUUGAGUUGUGCAACAAACUUACACUUUAGUCCAACAGAAUUGAGAUGCAUGGCUCCUGACUUAGCACGAUGUCAUGUGAAUUAUUUGUGUCCACCAAAUGACACUAAUUUGACAUUUCUACCAAACUCUUAUGAUUGUGCAGUUUACUACCUCUGCCAUUUGGGUAGACCAAUCCAACGAGAAUGUGCACCUGGAUUAUGGUUUGAUGUCCGUUAUGGCUGGUGUACUCAUUGGGACAAAGUUGUUUGUGAUAAUCGAACAGUCGUAAAUCCUGAUAAUCCAGGAGACAGAACAACAACAACAAUUUUACCUCCAAUUGGCCCUGGACCGAAUUUAACAGUUUGUUGGAAACAAGCUGAUUUAUUCAACAAUGGAAGGUUUCUUAAGUCAUUAUGCAUAGUUGAUAAGAUGCUUAACUAUGAUCCAGCAGAACAAAUGUGCAGAAAUAAUGGAAUGGAACUGUUUACAAUCGACGAUCCAUAUACUCAAUUUCAAUUCCAAAAUUCACUUAGGGAGCUAAUGGGAAAUGAUCCACGAAGCUUCUUAUGGAUUAAUGGUCGUGUUGAUGAUGACUGCAACAAUUGGUACAGCUUUAAUCCUGAACGAAAGUUGUUGCCCAACUUUAUUCAUUGGGUACAGAUUUUAUCGUUUGUAGGAAGACAUACAGGACCUUGUUUGAUGUAUACACGACAUUUUUCAGCUGAUAGACAAUUUUAUGGAUUUGGGGUUGAGUGUCAUGGUGCUGCUUGGUUGGUUUGCGAGUUUUCGAAUGGCUUUGUAAAAGGAAGUGACGAACUUUAAGUAUUUAGGAGUUGAGAGAGCGAAAAAUGGCACCCAAGUGAUAGACAUUGAACAAAUGCAAUAAAAUUAUAAUUAAUUUUAAAAAAAUAUAACGUUUUCAAAAUGGUGGACCUAUUUUUUUUUUGCUCACCUCAAAAUUUUUUUUGAAGUUUAUUUCGUUUUUAAGGCAUUAUUUAACAUCAAUUUGAAUGAUAUUGAUUUAAAAAGUUAGCUCCAAUUUAUCAAAAUUAAUUGUUUAGUCUUAAAUUGACAAAUAUACGAGAAAAUAGCUUUUUAAUAGAAAUUAGAAUUAACACGUGUUUGCUACUAAAAGUAGCUUAAAACAAUCUAAAACCAAAGCAAUUGAUCAACGUUAAGGCAUUUAUGAGGCAAUAAAGUGAACAGAUGGUCGAAAGCUCGCAUUUGACUUGAAAUAAAAGCGAUUUCAAAAAAUAUUU